UGGUCUUGGAGCUUGUCAUGCCACUCUCUUUUGAACUUUUCACCCAACUCUUUUUCUCCUGCAAAACUUGAAUUACCUUCCGCCAAACCUUGUUUUUCAAGUCUCUAGAGGUAACAUACUUUGGGAAAACCAUGAAUGGCGGAAAUGGAACCACUCCAACAAUGGUGUCACCACCUUCACCACAUAGCUCAUGUGGGUCCACUGAGCCCAACCAAGAGGACAACAAUAACAACAACAAUGAAGACGAAAAUAACAACAAAAACAACGGCGGCGAUGACAACAACCACAACAACAAUCACAACAACAACAUCAUCAUCAUCAUCAACAACAACAACAACAACAACAACAAUAACAACAAUGGCGACAACAACAACAACAACAAUGGCGACAACAACAACAGCCACCACCACCCUGAAGCUCCUUCCUUGGUGCUAGUAGGGUGCCCUCAGUGUCUUAUGUAUCUGAUGAUCUCUGAGGAUAACCUUAUGUGCCCAACAUGCAAAAGCAUUAAUUUGAUUCAUUUUACCUAAACAUAAGGAGGGGGCAAAGUGCUAGACUAGCUUUUUAAUUAUUCUGCAUUCUAUGUUGCAAGUAAGACAUGUUAGCAUUUCACCAAGGAAUUUUCUUUUUAGGAUCUUUCUUUAAUAUUACCUUUUAUUUUAUCUUUUUUAAACCUUUUUUAUGAGUAGUGCUACAUGUGCUCCACUUUUUACCUUGAAUUUCUCUACUUAUAUUAUGUCAGUCAGUUUCCUUGGUUAGUGUGAAUCAUGAAAAAGAUAACGUGAACUCGAUUACACAAUGAGAGUGAAUUGCAAAGUAUUUUGAUUAAUUAUCUAUCA